AUGCUAGAGCCGGGGAGAAGUGAGCAGCACAGUAUUCUCAACCGCGUGAUUCUACACCACACGCGGCGCGUGGUUUCUAGACGCACGGAAGAUUCCGCGCAUACAUUGUACGAAGAACGUACCACCGUGGCGCCGCCGCCCGCCUCUCAGCCAAUCACGGAAGGCCAUGUGGCGGGGCAGGUGGGCAACGGCGCGGCGAGGAGAGAGGCACGAGCCCAGAGGCGGCUGAGUGCACAAGGUACGUUGCUUGCGUUGCGUGGUGAGAGGGAGGCGAGGGAGAUUGCUUCCACUCUCGCCACCUCUGCUCCCCACACUCACCAUCCCCCACUUAACACCACUAUUCACCUUCCGUCCCCCACCGCUCCCCUCUAUUCACCUUUCCCCACUGCUCCCUUCCACUCACCUCUGCUCCCCCCCUCCACUCACCUCUGCUCCCCUGCACUCACCUCUGCUCCCCUGCACUCACCUCUGCUCCCCUGCACUCACCUCUGCUCCCCUCCACUCACCUCUGCUCCCCUCCACUCACCUCUGCUCCCCUCCACUCACCUCUGCUCCCCUCCACUCACCUCUGCUCCCCUCCACUCACCUCUGCUCCCCUCCACUCACCUCUGCCUUCAUUUAUUACUCUUAUGA